GGCGGUGGCGGCGGCGGGAUGGAGGGGCUCAUCCCGCUCGUUAACCGGCUGCAGGAUGCCUUCGCGGCGCUGGGCCAGAACUGCCUGCUCGACCUGCCGCAGAUCGCGGUGGUGGGCGGGCAGAGCGCCGGCAAGAGCUCCGUGCUGGAGAACUGCGUCUCCAGGGAUUUUCUUCCACGAGGUUCUGGAAUUGUGACAAGACGGCCAUUGGUCCUGCAGCUCAUCACUGCCAAAACAGAGUAUGCUGAAUUUCUACACUGCAAAGGGAAGAAAUUUACUGAUUUUGAUGAAGUUCGUCAGGAAAUUGAAGUUGAAACAGAUAGAGUAACAGGAAUGAACAAAGGCAUUUCUUCAGUUCCUAUUAAUUUAAGAAUAUAUUCUCCACAUGUCUUAAGCCUGACCCUUAUUGAUUUGCCGGGAAUCACUAAAGUGCCAGUGGGGGAUCAGCCUCCAGACAUUGAGCAGCAGAUCAGAGACAUGAUAAUGCAGUUCAUCUCCAGAGAGAACUGCCUGAUCCUGGCUGUGACUCCAGCUAACACUGACCUGGCCAACUCAGAUGCUCUGAAGCUGGCAAAGGAGGUGGACCCUCAGGGCCUUAGAACCAUUGGUGUGAUCACAAAAUUGGAUCUGAUGGAUGAAGGAACAGAUGCAAGAGAAGUUCUAGAAAACAAACUCCUCCCUCUUCGUAGAGGUUAUAUUGGUGUUGUAAACAGAAGCCAGAAGGACAUUGAUGGGAAGAAGGACAUAAAAGCAGCUCUUCUAGCAGAAAGGAAAUUCUUUCUUUCCCACCCAUCCUACAGGCACAUGGCAGAUCGGAUGGGAACACCCUAUCUCCAGAAAGUUCUAAACCAGCAACUUACCAAUCAUAUCCGGGAUACCCUGCCAGCCUUCAGAAGCAAACUCCAGAGCCAGCUGCUUUCUAUAGAACAUGAAGUAGAGGUGUACAAAAACUUCAGACCAGAAGAUCCCACCAGAAAAACAAAAGCCCUGUUGCAGAUGGUACAGCAGUUUUCAGUGGACUUUGAAAAAAGAAUUGAAGGAUCAGGAGAUCAAGUUGAUACGCUGGAGCUUUCAGGAGGUGCCAAAAUCAAUCGUAUUUUCCAUGAACGUUUUCCCUUUGAACUUGUGAAGAUGGAAUUCAAUGAGAAGGAGCUGAGGAGAGAGAUAAGUUAUGCCAUCAAGAACAUACAUGGCAUCAGAACAGGUUUGUUCACUCCAGAUAUGGCGUUUGAAGCCAUUGUUAAAAAACAGAUCGUUAAGCUGAAAGGACCUUGCUUAAAAAGUGUGGAUCUGGUGAUGCAAGAGUUAAUCAACACUGUCAAGAAGUGCACUAAAAAGUUGGCAACAUAUCCAAGGUUGUGUGAGGAAACAGAAAGAAUUGUUGCUGGCUACAUUCGUGAAAGAGAAGAGAAAACCAAGGACCAGAUGCUGCUGCUCAUUGAUAUCCAGGUUUCUUAUAUCAACACCAACCAUGAAGACUUCAUUGGCUUUGCAAAUGCCCAACAAAGAAGCAGUCAGGUUAACAAAAGUGCAGUGGGAAAUCAGGGAACCAAUCUACCGCCUUCAAGGCAAAUUGUCAUCCGGAAAGGCUGGCUCACCAUCAACAACAUUGGCAUCAUGAAAGGAGGCUCCAAGGAAUACUGGUUUGUCCUGACUGCAGAGAGCUUGUCCUGGUAUAAAGAUGAUGAGGAAAAAGAGAAGAAGUACAUGCUGCCUUUGGACAACUUGAAAGUGCGAGAUGUGGAAAAGAGCUUCAUGUCCAGCAAACACAUCUUUGCAUUGUUUAACACAGAGCAGAGGAAUGUUUACAAGGAUUACCGUUUCCUUGAGCUAGCCUGUGACUCCCAAGAGGAGGUGGAUAGCUGGAAGGCAUCUCUGCUACGAGCCGGUGUCUAUCCUGAUAAAUCCUCAACUGAAACUGAAGAAAAUGGCCAAGCAGAUAAUUUUUCAAUGGAUCCCCAGCUGGAAAGACAGGUGGAGACAAUUCGAAAUCUUGUGGACUCCUACAUGUCCAUUAUUAACAAAUGUAUCCGAGAUCUGAUCCCGAAAACAAUCAUGCACCUCAUGAUCAAUAAUGUAAAAGAAUUUAUCAACGCAGAGCUGCUGGCUCACCUGUAUUCGUCUGAGGACCAGAACACUCUGAUGGAGGAGUCGGCGGAGCAGGCGCAGCGGCGGGACGAGACCCUGCGCAUGUACCAGGCGCUGCAGGAGGCGCUGGCCAUCAUCGGGGACAUCAGCACCAGCACCGUGUCCACCCCUGCUCCCCCGCCUGUGGAUGACUCCUGGCUCCAGCAGGCACGCAGAUCACCUCCUCCAAGUCCUUCAACUCCGAGGAGACCUACCCUGAACAAUCCCCCCAGCAGAGCCUUAUCUGGCCGAGGACCCGCUCCCGCCAUCCCCUCUCCGGGCCCGCAGUCGGGGGCGCCCCCGGUGCCGUUCCGCCCGGCAGCUCUGCCUCCGUUCCCCAGCGCCGAGGGCCACGGAGGGCCCCCCCAGGUUCCCUCUCGGCCCAGCCGGGCUCCUCCCAGCGUGCCAAGUCGAAGACCGCCCCCUUCACCUACUCGGCCCACUGUAAUCCGUCCGUUAGACUCCUCCCUGUUAGACUAAAAGGAGUUUCUGGCAUGUCACUCGUUGUUAACCAAAUAUGUGGAAACAAAUUGCUUGGUAACUGUCACAAUAACCAGUGUAUAGUCGCAUGUAUGGACAUCUCUAGGCAAGUAACCAAUUUUACUGAUAUUCUCUGUCCAUUCUGCAUUGUUUAUGAGGUCUUCAAUGUUUGGGGAAGGUCUGUGCUGCCUUGACUUUUCCUUCUGCAAUAACUGAUGUUAUCUAACUUACUGACACAUAUCUCCACCCAGACAACUGUGCUCACAGUCCUCCACAGCAGCUGGAGGGCUUGACUCUGUGUGUCUUUGUGCAUGUGUUGAUUUAUCUGCUGCUUUUUUUCUCCCUUACCUGACAGGAAUCUUGCUUUUAUUUAUACCUUCUAGGUUUUCUAUUUUCUCUUGUAAUGGCUAAACUGGGCAAAGAAAAGCCAUGUGCUUUCUUACCAAGCUCUUCUGAAGGUCCCACACUUGCAGGUCUCUCUUGUAAGAGACUUGCUUCUCCUGUAAACUGUCCUUAUCCAAAUUUUAGUUUUAAGGAAUGUUGUUAAACAAGCAGAGUGUGUAUGGGACAAGGCACAUUUUGCUGUAUGCCCAUCCUGGCAGCUGCCACGCCAGGUUGGUUGGGUUGGUGAGGAGCAGGCUGGGGUGCCCCAGCUCACAGGGAGCUGUCCCACCCCACAGCCAGGAGGGGACAGGGUGGUUGGGAGGGCUGGGGCGUGACACAGCAGCUCCCUCUGUCCCUGCU